UUAAAACUUAUAUUUUUUAUUCUACACACUUUUGCUUAUUAUAUAAUGGAUUAUCUCGCGCAAUUAAUCCACGAGAAGAGCACGAUUUCGGCAUUUCCCAAUCAUUUUAAACAUACUGACCGCUUAAUAGAUCUUGAGAUUGCACGCGUCCGUGCUCAGCUUUUCCAGUGUAAUUUUGACGACGAUUUGCCAAAAUUGCCUGAGCUGGAGUCUCAUGAGGAUAUUGUUACUUUGCAGGAGAAGGUUUAUGUGCCAACCAAGGAACAUCCGGAGUUCAACUUUGUUGGUCGCAUUCUUGGUCCGCGUGGUAUGACUGCUAAGCAAUUGGAGCAUGAGACUGGUUGCAAGAUUAUGGUUCGUGGUCGUGGAUCAUUGCGCGAUACUAAAAAGGAAGAGGCAAAUCGUGGAAAGCCAAAUUGGGAGCAUCUUGAGGACAACUUACACAUUCUCAUUCAAUGUGAGGAUACUGAGAAACGUGCCCGUUCUAAACUUGAGAAGGCUGUUGGGAGAGUCAAAAAGCUACUUGUUCCAACGAACAAUGGAAUUGAUGAGCUGAAGCGUAAGCAGUUGAUGGAACUUAGCAUCAUCAACGGUACUUAUCGUUCUGCAAUUGGACCGAAGAAUCCACCAAGCAUUCCUCGUCUCACUCCGCUUUCUAUGCUUUCUCACAUGCAUUUGCCGAUUUCGCCGCCGCCAUUUGUCUCGUCGGCUACUAAUUCGCACAGCAACAAUCAUCCAUUCUUUGGUUCGCCUUUGCCUAGUCCUUAA